UUAAGAUGAAUAAAGAAGCUAGUGCAAAAGGCACCGUGAAUAAUGACAAGAAAGGAUCGAAACCCAAAGGUGGCAAAGGAAAGAAGAAGAAGAAAGAAAAAUAAAAAGCAGGAGUUAUUGGAGAAAAUGAGAGCUGAGCAAGAAGAAGAGCAAGAGCCUGUCAAGACAAUUACACAAACAACAUAUGAAGCAUUGCUAGAGAGACAGAGUUACUUUUUCCAUAUCGACUCUGCCAAUGAGACUGAGGAAGAUUUCCUUGAAGAUGAAAGCAAGAAGGAGGAUGCAUACAUUCAUGAUUACGCAAGGCCACGGAAAUAUAUUAUAAAGCAGAACUCUAAGUUUAAAUUUUGGUUUGAUAUGAUGAUUAUUUCUCUUGCAUCUUUCAAUGUUUUCACAAUCCCAUUCAUUAUUGCAUUUGAUCCUCCUGAGGCAAGCUCAUGGUGGUACUCUACUAUUGUCUGGCUGAUUAACAUCAUCUUCGUUAUUGAUAUCAUCAUUAAUUUUAGGACAACUUUUAUUAACAACAGAACUGGUGAUGAAGUCUGGGAGCCAAAGAUGAUUGCUAAAAGAUACCUCCUUGGCCCUAGGUUCUGGAUAGAUCUCCUUUCAGCCCUUCCUCUUGACCAGAUAAUUACAAAGGGGAUUCUUCGAGACUCGUUUUCUCUUUUGGGAAUGCUCAAGGCGGUGAGAGUCAUGAGACUCUCAACUGUUAUCCAAAGUUUGAACAUUAGGCAGGAUUAUAAAGCAUAUCUGAAAUUAGUUAAGCUUGUGUUUUACCUGACAAUUUAUAUACACUUUAUUGCAUGAAUUUUCUAUUACAUUGUUGAUGCCAAGAAGCAAUGGAUCCCAGGACUUGACUUUAUUUAUGCUGAGACAACAAUUUACUCCCAGUCUACUACUAGGAGGUACUUGAGUGUUAUGUACCAUGCAGUCAUGCUUAUUGGGCUAAAUGAGAUCUACGCUCACACAACCACUGAAUUAUUUGUGUUCAGCUUCUUAAUGCUGAUUUCAUCGAUGGUGAACGCUAAUAUUUUCGGAGUUAUUGCUGUCUUAGUCUCUGAGGCUAAUAAAGGAAUGAAUCAGUUUCAAGAAAGAAUGGAUACAUCUAACACUGCUAUGGCCAACUUGAAGGUACCUCCUGAACUCCAACGGAAGGUCAAGGAGUUCAUGCUGAUGACAAGAAGUCAUCAACAAAGGCAAGAGGAAAUGAAGGAGUUUCUCUCUCAUUGCUCACCUAGUCUCAUGCAGAAAGUUUAUAAUCAUAUUUUCACAGAAGCGGCUAAAAGGAAUGAUAUCAUUUUUGAUAUUAUUAUAUCAAAGCAUGACCAGGCUGAUCGGAUCAUCUUCUCUUUUGUCAGGAGACUCGAUCUAGAAUUAGCAGAACCAGAGCAGAUUCUCAUCGAGCAAGAUACUGAGCUGGACGAAGAUCCUAAUAAAAACUUUCUUUACCUAAUUGCUUCAGGAGAAUGAGCUGUUAUCAUUAAGGAUAAGUCUAAAUUUGAGGAUGCUAAGAUUAAAGUCAUGCUAGAAGGAGAUCAUUUCGGAGAAGUUUCAUUGUUCUACAAGUGUAAAAGAACAGCUACAAUUAUGAGUAACAACUACCUUACUCUUGGAAAGAUGUCUGAAGCUGACUUUAAGGACUUCCUGAACAGAUUUGAUCCACAAAUAGAGGAUAAAUUCAGGGAAAUGAUUUAUACUUAUGAUGACCCAAAGACCAAAUUCUUACUUAAAUCUAUUAGCAAGAUUGAGUACUUUCAAGGAGUUUCUGAGAAGACCAAGAGAGACAUUGUUUACAGCCUAAAUCCCAUCAACUACGAAAAGGGAGGAAUCCUGUUCAAGCCUGAAGAUGUUGCUGACUGCAUGUACAUCGUGGAUUCAGGAGUGGUUGAGGUCUAUAUCCUGAUGGAUAAGAAAGAAGAAUUCGUCAUCGAUAGGCUCCACAAAGGCUCUAUAAUCAACCAUAGAGCUUUUCUAUUUAAUGAUGAAAUUGACACAUACGCCAAAUGAGCCACAAUGGUGAGUAUGUACUAUAUAAAAAUCGAAGAUUUGUCCCAAAUCAGAGCUAGGGAUAGCUUUGUGGACUCUAAAAUCAAUGAAAUUGAAGAAAGCAUGGUUUACAGAGACAAUGCAGUUGCUAUUGAUUACAUUAUCUCUAACCCGAAACUUUACUUAAAAGAUAAAAGGCCUAUUAAAGAAAUUGAGCGAGUCAAUGGGCUUACUCAUAUCUUAAAGAAUGCAGUCAUGUUCCAUAUUGGGAAGAACAGAGAAAAGAGGAAGAAACCUAAUCUUUCAGAUAUCCUUUUCGCUGCGGUUGAGAAGAAAAAGAGGGAAAUGCAAGCAGCAAGGAAAAAGAAAGCCAAUUUUGACUCAAUAGAUAUCAAAGGAAAUUACUUAACUGAUGAUGAAUUUGAAAUUGUAGGAGAGCUCAUUCAAAAGCAAAUAAAUAGCAAGAUGGACACACAAUUGAUCGAGACAUUACAAAAGAAAUUCGAGAUUCUUCUAUCUGAUAUUGAGAGAAUCCAAAAUCCUCAGGUUGCUCAGAGACAGCCUCGGAAGUCAGGUCUUCAUAUUGCUUCAGCAUUAUCUAUCACAAAUAGUAUGGUAUCAUCACGGAAUAAUAUACCUGAGGAAGAGAAGAGUAAAGAAGAAGCUUCAGUUUCUGGAUUCAAACCUUUAUAAUCAUUUUCAAUUGCAUUUUAGACCAAA